AACGGAGGUGGAAGCUGGUCGAUGUGGAGCCGCCUCUCCUGCGUCCAAGCUCGCGUUAAACAGCAAAGCCGCAAAGGCCCUUCGGUGAUGGUGGUGGCGCUGGCGAUGCUUUCAUUAUAUAUAAUAUAAAAAAUCUCCACUCCCUAGUGCGCGUUCUCUCUCUCCAUGGAGCUUCGUUGCGGUUCUCCUCGAGGUCUCUCCCUCGUCUCCUCCUCUUCCGCCGCAUCCUCGUCGUCUCCUUCCCCUUCUUCUUGUUCGUGUUCUUCUUCUCCGAGCGGCGGCCUACGCUUCUGGCCGCGGAAGGGGAUCGGUCGGACGAGGAUUAAGGCUUCGGCGGAGGGGAGCGACGGGGAGCACCGCCGGAGGGGGUUCGCUUCCGGUGGCCCCACGAUGGAGGUCUCCGCCUCGGGCUCGCAUUCCUCCUCCUCCAGAACGACGACGACGGUCAUCGAUCGGAGCUUCGGCGGCGGGGAUACCGAGUUCCCGGUUUGGGACAAGCUCGGAGCCGUCGUUAGACUCAGCUUCGGAAUUGGGAUAUAUGCGGCUAUGGCGCUGGCGGGGAAGUUUAUAUGUUCGAUUACAGGAGUAGACUGUACGGGAGGUUUCCAUCCGUCGCUAAAUGCUAUUGUGGAGGGAUUGGGAUAUGCAGCUCCUCCAAUCAUGGCUCUGCUCUUCAUCUUAGACGAUGAGGUUGUCAAGCAUUCACCUCAGGCUCGUGCCAUUAGAGAUGUGGAGGAUGAGGAGCUCCGGAGCUUCUUCUAUGGCAUGUCACUGUGGCAGUUCAUACUCAUUGUUACUGCAAGCUCAGUGGGUGAGGAGCUUUUCUAUCGUGUUGCUGUUCAGGGGGCAUUGGCUGAUACGUUCUUAAAGAGCACUGAACUCAUGAAAGAUGCACGUGGAAUUGCAUCUCUGACUGGCAUGCUGCCUCUCUUUGUCCCAUUCGCUCAAGCAUUUGCAGCUGUUGUCACAGCCGCCCUCACGGGAUCACUCUACUAUGUUGCGACUGCUCCAAAAGACCCUACAUAUGUCAUUGCACCAGUAUUACAGUCUCGUUCUGGCCGUGAAGACCUUAAGAAGCUUUUUGCAGCUUGGUACGAAAAGAGACAAAUGAAGAAGAUAUAUUCUCCCCUUUUGGAAGGAUUACUGGCUCUCUACCUUGGUUUUGAAUGGAUUCAGACGGAUAAUAUCCUUGCUCCUAUGAUCACACAUGGGAUAUACUCGGCUGUGGUGCUGGGGCAUGGACUUUGUAAAAUUCAUGACAACAAGCGUAGGCUGCGCCAAAGAAUCCAGCAAGUGAGGGUGGAAGCCAAGAAUUUAAAUAAAUCAUGAAGCUGGCUGAUGAUAAUCAUUAACGUUUGCAAGAAAGAAGGGAUGCUUUGGCUUGAACCAGGACAGAGUCCGGGGCUAGAAGUUUAUGGCGGAACUGCUGCGCAUUCUGUAACAAGGAGUCGAUACCAAUGAAAGCAGUUGUAUACCGUAAAAAUGAAAACACGUAGGCAAUGUCUUUUGCGCAUAGGUACUGUAUCAAAUAUAAAAGGGAUGCUCAGAGUCUCAAAUUACGAAGGUGGCGAAGGCCAUUUUCUUUCCUUCCCUCUCAGUUACUGAUGCUAAAUUCUCCAUUUAGGAGUGCUUCCUAGUUGGCAACUU